CGUCAGUGUUUUACGUCAUACCUGCAGGUGUAACCAAUCAGCUGAACAGCGUUAAUUAACUUCAAUUAAGGUCACCUGUGGAGCGGAGUCCACGCGCUUCAUCAGCUCAGUUUCUUAGAAAGAGUCUCAGUCUCUCUCUCUCUCUCUCUCUCUUUCUUCUCUCUCUCUCUGAUGGUUUUUGGACCUCCCUCUCUCCCACCUCCCUCACCCUCCCUCCCUCCCUCUGCAGCAGCAGCAGACGGGGUCUCCGCCGCCCGGAGCUCAUCUCUCCCAAAAACCACCGACUCUCAUCCUUCACCGGGAGAUUCACUCCGCUCACACUUUUUAUCGCUGUUUCCUGAACGUCUCUCUCCUGGAUCCAGAGAUCACAUGAAGAUCUUUCCGGACAGAUGUUGGAUGGAUUCUCUCUCUUUAACUUUCUUUGGCUUUUUGUUUUUUUUGGUGCGUAAAACAAGUCGGUUAGUGGACGAACCGGAGGACUGAGAGCUGUCGGAGCUCGUGUUGGUGAGAGAGGAAAAGUCGUUCGAGUGUUUUUGGAUCCAAUGCGUCCGGAGCGGCCGGUUCAAGAGCAGGAACCCGACCGGAGACCGACAGAGACGGAGGAAGGCAGGAGCUGAGACCUUACAUGUCUCCUCUCUCCACCGGCACCGAGGUUUCUACUUCCUGUGACAUCAUCACACCAUGCCUGAGGGGUCACGACGUGGCAGCCAGCGAUCGCCCAGUACCACAGCUGCCAAACGUCCCUCCUCAGUCUCGUCUCUGAGUGGGAUUGUGGGUAGGAUGAUGUCGUCCGGCGACCGCGGAGCCUCGUCCUCCUCCUGCACCUCCGUCAACACCGUCUGCUCGGACGGCGAGCGCCCCGCCUCCCUCUCCCUCUCCUCCUCUGCCUCCUCGGUCUCCCUGCAGGAUGCCUCCCACUCCUCCUCUUCCUCCUCCUCCUCCUCCUCUUCCUCGCUGCCGUACGGCGCCGUGCCGACCUACAACACCUCCUUGUCGUCCUCGUCGUCCUCCACGCCGAAGAGGAAUGGCUCGGACAUCAGCCUGGACCUCACUCCCCUCGUCGCACCACAUGGAGGAGGAGGAGGUGUUGGGGUUUGUAUUGCCAGGGCGACAGGAGGAGGACACGCCCCUAAUGGACAUAUAGCCAAUGCGAUGGCGGUGGCGGCGGCGGCGGCCACACCCCGGCAGCUGUCCCGGCUGGAGAGAGUCGUGAUGGAGAUCGUAGAGACGGAACAAGCCUACGUCAGAGAUCUGAAGAGCAUCGUGGAGGACUAUCUUGGCUGCAUCAUCGACUGUGGAGCUCUACCAUUGAAACCCGAGCAGGUCAGCUCUCUGUUCUGCAACAUAGAGGACAUCUACGAAUUCAACAGUGAUCUCCUGGAGGAUCUGGAGAGGAGUCCUCACGCUGCAGCCAUUGCCGAGUGCUUCGUGGAAAGGAGUGAAGCCUUUGACAUCUACACACUCUACUGUAUGAACUACCCCAACUCGGUGGCAGUACUGAGGGAGUGCAUGAAAAACGAAAGUCUGGUUCGUUUCUUCCAGGAGAGACAGACGACUCUGAACCAUUCGUUACCUCUGGAGACGUACCUGCUCAAACCAGUGCAGAGGAUCCUCAAAUACCACCUGCUACUACAGGAACUUUCCAAGCACUUCGACAAGAGCGCCCCAGGAUAUGAGGUGGUCGAGGACGCCAUCAUCACCAUGACUGCGGUCGCCUGGUACAUUAACGACAUGAAGAGGAAACAGGAACAUGCCGUACGGCUGCAGGAGAUCGAGUCGUUGCUGGUGAACUGGACCGGGCCAGACCUCAGCGGGUUUGGAGAGCUGGUGCUGGAGGGUUCCUUCAAGGUGCACAGGGUGAAGAAGGAGAGAGCAUUCUUCCUGUUUGACAAGAUGCUGCUGAUUGCCAAGAAGAGGCUGGAGCAGUUCGUCUACAGCACGCAUAUAUUCUGUUGUAACCUGCUGCUCAUUGAGACGCUGAAGGAUCCGCUGUGUUUCAAAGUGUCCGACCAGACGAUUCCCAAACAGCAGCACAUCGUCCAGACAAAGAACCAGGAGGAGAAGAGACUGUGGGUGCACUACCUCAAGAGACUGAUCGUAGAAAACCAUCCUGCUUCACUCCCACAGAAGGCAAGACAGGUCCUCGGAGACAACUUCUGUCAAUCUCCUCAGUUCGACCAUGAAAACCUGAAGAAGUCGUCCGCCUCGCCACGGCUGGACGACAUCCACGGCUAUCACAGAGGCAGACGCCAAUCAGGUCAGGAGCCUCCAGAGCUGCUGAUGUACACACCUGAGAAAUCCAGGAAGAGUCUGCCACUACUGCUGGAGGGAAACCUACCGUACAGACGCACCAGGAGACAGUCAGCUCCAGCUAAAGACAUCGAAGCAGCAUUUCAUCCCAACGGUGAGAACGUUUCUGAGUCAACUUCACAUUUUGAUACUCAUGAGGUGGUUUCUAUUGAAAUCUUUAACAUUCACAAGAUUUUUGGGAUCAAUAGGACCUGAUUAGUAUAAAAACCAAACCAUGUCUUUGAAGAGGAAAUAGUUUUUGACAAAAAAGGAAGUCGGCAUCUGGGGACAAUGGGUUUAUUUUACUGUAUAACAAAGUAAAGUCAUCAGUGUUUAAAACUGUUUAUUUCAGCACCUAAACUGCAAACAAUGCAGCACAUCUGAAAGCCUAAUGAUUCGUCAGUGUUUUGUAACUCAAAUGUUACUGAGCAGAAAAGAACAUGUUUCAACCAUAAACUCUGAUUCUCUGAUAUUUUUAUCUGGAUCUCGGCUAUAGAAUGUGACAGAGAUUGACACCAUCUUGUUUUUACACUGUUGAGUGCAUCAUGAUUUUGUUAAUACUAGACUGCACAAAAAAGUGUCAGCUAACAAGGAAAACCAUAAGAAAGUUAUACUUUCUUACUGUUUUGCUGCAGCAAACAAAAAACAUAAUGUCACUGUAUGAGGACACAGGGUCUCAGGAGUUUAAUCUGCUGGUUUGUUACAUAACAUUUUGGUCUCUUUGUUCUUUGGGGGCAAAGAUCAGCAGAACAGGCUGAACUGAUCAAAUAAGCGAAUAUUUUGCAAUGGCUUAUUUUUGUUGUGGUGUGGUUGCCAAGUGAUUUAGUGCCUGUCAAACAAUAAUUACGCAUUGCUAACAUCUCUGUCUCUCUGCCUCUAAAUCUCUCCACCUGUCACUCUUCUUCUCGUCACCCUCUGCUGACUUUCCCACCAUCCGGGAAUC